AUGGCUACACGGACCUCUUCUCGUCAUGCGGCCAACAAGGCCAAGGAAGCUAUUGCGGCUACCGCAGAGCCGGCCAAGGCUUCCGCAGGCACAAAACGAAAAGCGCCAACCAAGGAGGCACCACCACCGAAGAAAGAGAAAACAGAGGACACCGAGCAUGAAGAUAUAAAGCCAGAGGCAACCAUCGAACAAGCACCCAGCAUUCCGGUGGAUGAACCUUCAACGCCCAAGCGCGAAGUCCAGACUAAAGAGGAAACACCGUCUGGCGAACAUGCUCCUGGGCAGAAUCUGCCAGACCCAAAAACGAGCACUGAGACAGGUGGUGUUCGAAAGUCCGAGGAGAGGGAAAAUGUGGUGCCCUCCAACAUCCUCGAGAAAGGCUUCAUCUACUUCUUCUUCCGCCCACGGGUCAACGUCGAAGAUCCCCACAGUAUCGGAGACGUAGCCCGAAGCUUUUUCGUUCUUCGUCCAACUGCCCUUGGGGCCGAGUUCGACAGCAAUCAGGGUCCUGUCGACAAAGACGCCCAGUGCCGCUUGAUGAUGCUGCCGAAGAAGAAGUUCCCCACGUCCGGCAAAGAACGAGACAUGGGAUUUGUGGAGAAAGCCGGUCAGUCUAUGCAAGCUUUGCAGGAAAACUUCAUCGCUGGUCAAACAUACCAGACUGCCACGAUGGGUGAACGUCACACCGAGGAAGCCAGGCCAUACGCAGAAGGUGUUUACGCGAUCACUCACACGCCCCGGGCAUCUCACCUCGCUUACAUUCUGACUAUUCCCUCCGAACUGGGGUCUCUUCAGGAGGACUUUGGCCUUCGGGAACGCGGAAGCUGGCUUAUUCAAUCCAAGAAUCCCAAAUUUCCUGGUCCCCCCGUUGGUCAAUUGCCUCAAAACCCAGAGUUUCCUGAAACGCAAGUCUUAUCCAGAGCAGAGGUCGAGGAGUGCAGUAUUGACUCGUCCUUGCAGGGUUCUCAAGAAGUUCGGAGACCUCCGAUGGGUUCCCCUGGAGCCUGA